AUGUCGGCCUCCAUCGCGACCAUCCAAAACACCGCCUCCCCUUCACCGGUCGCCUCUACCCCAUCUCCCUCUAUCUCCAGUGCCACCACCGCUCCCUCAUCCGCCACUCGUCGACCACCCCGCAAGAGCACCCUGACGCAGCAGCAGAAGAAUAACAAGCGCCAACGCGCAACCCAGGAUCAACUGGUUACCCUGGAGGUGGAAUUUAACAAAAACCCCACUCCCACUGCCACUACUCGCGAACGAAUUGCCCAAGAGAUCAACAUGACUGAGCGGUCGGUGCAGAUUUGGUUUCAGAACAGACGCGCAAAAAUCAAGAUGCUGGCAAAGAAGAGCAUCGAAACUGGCGAGGGCUGUGAUUCGAUCCCAGAAUCAAUGCGUCAGUACCUUGCUAUGCAGUUCGACCCCAGCAAACCGGGCGCGCGGGAUCCUUUUGGUCGCACCGGUGGAUAUGGGCCGAAUGGCGCUUACCCCAAUGAAUCUACGCCCUCUGGCAAAGUUGUGAUUCAUCACUUUACUUGUCGAUCCUUGACUGUCGGAAGCUGGAGACGCAUUGGACAGAAUGCUAUGGAUCUGGUUGUGUUCUACUCCCCUGAAAAGGCCUGCAUGACCUACUACAUCAACAACGAUUCCGCCGGAUACAAGAUCGAGUACCCGUUCGCAUACAUCAAGAACAUUACCCUGGAAUCUGGUGACCAAGACCCUCAGGCGAAUGGGGCUCCCGCAAGACCCGCUGGUCUGAUAGUCGAAUUGAAUCGCCCACCCCUCUUCUAUAUGGACUCUUCAAACUCGGGCGGAUUCUACCAGUGCGGCGAUUUCACGGAGGACCAGCAGGCUAGUCAGAUCCUAGUACACCACCUUGGCGGACAUCCCAAGGUGCUCAGUGUGCAGCUGGCAAAGUUGGUCUCGCUGGAGUCGUUUCAGAAUCGCAUGGCAUAUGGAAACUUUGCGGCCAAUGGCCCGAUGUCGCCGCAUUUCAUCCAACGUCCUGCGUCCCAACCGAACCAUUUCGCUCCUGCGUUUAUGGGUAUGUAUGCUGAGAAUCCCGUGGUUAUGAACCUGCAGGCGGGUCGAGGGCACAGACGUCAACGCAGUCGAUCCGUUCCGGCGGCUGUGGAUUUCGCUGCCAUGGGAGCGCCGAUGACUACCUUCAAUAUGUCGCAAGGACACUUCGGCCAGCCAGAUUCGAGCAUCUACGCGCCCAUCCCACAACCAGCGCACCCACUGGCCGCGAGUCUGCGCAUUGAUACCUCGUCAGGCUAUGGGUUUGACCCGCGCGCGCAUCCCAUGUCUGCCACCACCACCGCCUCUCCGUCCGAGUUCGCCAGCCCCUCGCUCUUUACGACGGGACCCCCGGGUGAUUCAACUCCAGUUGCAGCGACCAUGGGGGCCCAAUUCACGCUUCCUUUUGUCUCCCCGGCGGUUGAUCAUUCUGGUGUAACCACACAAGCGAUGUCUCCAUAUUCUAAUGUGAGCCACGUCGAUCCAAUGAUUGCGAACCACUCUCCUCCAUUGACGACCAUGUCGCAUGCGUCCCAAGAGAUGUACGGCAUGGGAAAUGAACACCAGUCGACCUUUGCAGAGGAUAGUAUGCCCAUGAAUGGAAUGUUCACGAAGCACAUGAACUUUACCGUUCCAACCUCGCUGGGUAUCGAGAGCAACACCUUUGACAUGCCAAUGCAAACUCUGUCCGGGCACACUUCGCCAGGCCUCCAAGCCGACUAUCAAAGUAUGACAUUGGAAAAUGUCGACCCAAGCGCCUUGGCUCCCGGUUCUUGA